AUGGUCGUGGUCUGGUUGGGAAUCGACACAUGCCCUGAUGAUAUUGCCAGCUUCUCGCCGCGUGGCGUCGCAUACUCUACGAACCCGCUAGGCGUAUUCGGCACCACUGAACUUGCCGAUACCCGAUUUGUUAGGUGGGACGACGCCGCAAUGGCGACGCGCCUCAUUCUGGCUUACGACACCAGACUGCCCCCUUUGCCCUCCGCUAAUGGUUCGGUCGCCUUCGGCGAUGCUAACUUUCAGCGGAUCCUCGACUCUGCCUAUGGCAAUUCUUUCUACACUGGCGUGCCGGCAGAUGCUAUGGAUUGCGGCGAUGAUACCCCGUCGCCGAAUGAGAUUGAUUCUGGUUUCCGAGAGCCGAUCCCUUCGUCGACUGCGGUGCCUGAGCCUGAGCUCGAAGCUACAGGUACUUUCAGAUGA